CAAUUCUAUUUUUUAUCUCAAUUCAAUUCAAAUAUUUAAAUAAGUAACGCAUUUGGCCUCAUUGGGGUGAUUCCGGGAUGCAAAUCGAUUUUGAUAUCGAAGGUCUAAGCCUCAUCGAUGUUUCGUCCGAAGACGAUUGCCUCCUCUCUCAAUCCUCAGAGAACGGGAUUAAAACCAGAACUGUUUGGUUUUCUUUGGAUCUCGACAAUGUAGAAAUCUCAUCAGGCUUUCUUGAAGAAGCUGGAGAGUUAGAGCAACCACCAGGUUCUUUGGAACAAGACGAGUUGAGAAAAAAUGGAAAAUAUAAUUUACGCAAAAGUUUAACAUGGGAUAAUGCUUUCUUUGCUAGUGCAGGUUUUCUCGAACCGGAGGAGUUGUCUAGCAUGUUGGGAGGCAGUGAGAAAGGUGAAAUAAGUAGAUUUCCCGGGAUCCAAGAGGAUGUAAACAGAUCUUUUGAUUCAUUAACGAUGUUGGAUACUAAAAUUUUGACUUUGGAAAAUUCUGAUGCUGAUUUGUUUGAGGAUAUAAGAGCUUCAAUCCAGAAAUUUAACAAAAUUUCCAACACAGCAAAUUCCAUUGGCAAAAAGGAGUUGGAAACAACAUAUUCUGAAAGUGUAUCAUUUUCAAAGAAGGUAGCAUUUAUCACUCAAGAUAAGAUGAAGCAGAAAGCAGCUCCAAAGAGGCCAAACAUUGGUGUGAAAGAUACUGGGAAAACAAUGAAGCAGCCUCUUUCUAAAAGUGGAGAAUCAACUUCUUCUCUUCAUAAGCUGCCAAUGGGACUAAGCCAGUUUGCUCCCAUUUCCACAACAUCAACCAGAAGGCUCUCCUUGGAUGCUAAGAUUGUUAAAAUGGAAAAGAAUGCAAAAAGUGUGACUGGUAGAGGCACCACUGUAUCAAAGACUCGUGGUUUGGGUGGUUCAAGACAUAUUGUGCCUAAGUCUACCCUAUCUGCCAAAUCUUCUUCCUGCUUCCCAGACUCUAGCACAGCAGAGCUGAGAAAUUAUUGUACCUUGCUUGAAAGUAGUGCCAGUGUUUUAUCUGAGGGAAUUGGAAAGUCUUCCUUGAAUUUGACUAAACAAAAAAACGACUCCAGAAAAGUUAACCCUUCUUCCUCUGGUUAUACUAUCAGUAACCCAUCCAAAAUUGUAGCAAAAGGUAAAAAUCAAGCAGGAAAUUCGAAGCUUUCCACUUUUUUGAAGUCUUCAACCAAGCUCUCUUCCAGUAUAUCUCCUGCUAGCUCUAUCAGUGUACAGUCCUCAGAGUCACUAUCAUCAACCUCUGCUGCUAAUCAAAGUCCUAACAUUGUAAGAGAUAGACUUCGUAUUGGCUCCCACAAGGGACUCACUACAAAUUGUGAUGUCCACCAAGAUCUGGAUUCUCCGAACCAUCCUACUGGCCAGUGCUUACUGGAAGCCGGGGCUGAGGUUACUGGUGCACUUGAUGAAAGAGUAAAUAAAGCUUCACAAGAAACUAGUGGGCUUCUUCCCCCUGCUUCGCUGAAACCCUCCAGCCUUCAAUUGCCAUCACCAAAAAUUGGCUUCUUUGAUGGGGUAAGAUCAUCAGGUCGUAGUCCAAAUGGGAAUAUGUUGUAUCAUCCUGGUGGAACUAGUGACUCGCCUAAUAUUGAAGCAAAAAGCACUAGUCCUAGUGGAAGCUCAAACAGUGCAAUGAUUGGAAAGUUUCAACCUGUUAGAAUCCUCACUGCAAUCAAGGGCCCCAAAGUUGAUGUUAAGCAAACUUCCUCCCUUGUAAGAUCUAGAUCUUCCUCGUCAAUUCAAAAACCUUCAAAUGCUCCAACAAAGGUACCAAGUGCUUCAAGAAACCUCAAAAGCAGCCCUGGCACAUCUCCAAAACUUCAGAAUAAAUCCUCUCCUAGAACUGAUAGAGGAAGUUACUCAAAGGCUCAGGGAAUUGGUUCUGUUGAAACAGUAGUAAGCCAAAUAGUGGGUGUGUGAGGCAAGGAUGGUGCUCGCAUAAAGGAUGCCAAGAUUGUUCCUCUUGAUGGAGUACCUCAAACUGCUGAUAAUUUAACUUCCGAGUCUGAUGUUCAACACAUUGUCACAUUGAAAGAAGCUGCUGAAAAAGAGACAUACAGUCAACCAUACUUUAAGACUAACACACUUUCCCUUUAUAACACCACCAAGGAAGAUGCUCCUCUUGAAGACCAAAUUACUGGUUUUGUUGCAAACGGAGGCCCUGUGGAAGUGGAUAUAAAUUCAGGCACUCGUAAAGAAGCCAUUUCUGAUUAUCAUUUUGCUCAUGGCUGAAAGUUGUUUGUAAACAUUUUGUCAAACCCCACUCAUUCCUCAGUGACUUCUGAAAUUACUUCUGGGUCAAGGAAACCUUUCUCGGUCAAGGAUUCAUUUUACAAUAUUGAUGCACCACUAAAAAGUUUAUCAGGAACAGCAGUGGCAGUAGACAAGAGGACCAUUUUAUCGAUUCCAGAGAGCAUCUUACACAAGAACAGCUAAGAUAAGUGGAAAAAUCUUGUUUGGUUUUCUCAAGGUACCUUGGUGUGGAUCUAGGUAAAAAGCCUUGUAGGCUAUAUAAUACACUCUGGUAGCAUUUUGUACUCCUUUCCAGCAAUGAGGGUUCCAGAUUCAAAUUCCACCAAGUUGGGAUCUGAUCCUGAUCUUGAGUAGAUAGUGUCUUAUGGAGCGCGUUUUAGAGGUUUUCAGUUAUGAAGUAAGAACUUAAAGAUGAAGUCAUGGAUUGGAUUUGCCAUCAUAUUACCAUUUGUGUCCAGACAUAUUUAUUAUGCAAUGAGAGCAAGAUUUAUUAAGGAAGAAGAAAAAGAA